AUGGCGAACGGGGGAGCUUGCGAUCGUCGUUCGGCGAUCAUCACCUUUCUCGGGCUCCUCUUCCUUGUCAUCAUCGUCACGUGGACGCUAUGGAAUGCGCAGCAUUCGCCUCUCGUCAAAUCCACCGACCCGAUCAUCGUAGAUCCGCCAAUUAUCCGUCCUCUUGGCAAUGACACCUACGUUUCAUUGAACCUCACUGACGCCGAGGAGCUGCUGCCUAAUCUCCACUUCCGGACGUUCAUCAAGAACCGUUUCGCGACCCGCGAGCUGCCCCAAGCUAUCUGGUUCCAGCAUUUCGACUUUUUCACCAAGGUGGACGAGCUGAUCGGCGAGUACCCGAAAGAGGCUAUCGAGGCUGUGGUCGCCUCGUUCGUCCUGGGCCGCAUCCACGAGAUUGGUGAGAAGUACGAGGAGAUCAACAAGGGCACUGCCAAGCCGACAAAUGCCCUCGUCAAUGCCUUCAACUCCUAUAGCAAAAUUCAAAUCAUGUGGGGCAUGUUGGCGCCUCCCUUCUACUCGGCGAACGCGGCGUUGGAGAUGAAGUACGGCGGCGUCGGCUUCAUCGUCGGGCACGAGCUCGGCCACACCAUCGAUCCGAACAACAUCAGAAGAGCGAGGCCGGUGCUGAUCGGGGAAGAGGACGAGCAGCAGUUCUGGGAACAAGUCGAAUGCAUCCAACACCAAUACGAGAAGGAGACGCUCCCGAUGAACAGCAUGAAUCAUACCUUCAACCAACCAGGCGACCUGACCCAUGACGAGACGGUGGCUGACAAUGUCGGGUUGAGGUCGAGCUUUAGGGCCUAUCGUAAGGAGCGGAAACGUCUCUACGGAAAACUGGAGCCAAAACUCCCCGGACUCGACCGCUAUACCCCCGAUCAAGUCUACUUUAUCGCUGCUGCUAUGUUCUGGUGCGGCGAGAUGAGCGACCAGCGCCUCACGCAAUAUCUCGAAAAUGCGCACCCGCCCGGCGUUUUUCGCGUCAAUGAGAUGAUGAAAAACUCGAUGGAGUUUGCUCAAGCGUACAAGUGCCCGCUGAACUCGCCGAUGAACCCGGCGAAGAAGUGCCGC